CGGGACCCCGUUCACAUUUCGAAUGUGUUCCAUAGCAAGGCAGUGCUGCGACUACGAGUGGAGCCUGUUCUGGAGCAGCUGAGUGAGCGCGUUCUCGGUGCGAAUUUAGGAUACUGGAAGCACGAUGUGAUCGUGUCGAUUUUGUGGAGCUGCGCGCAGCUCGGCUGCGAUCGCGCUAUUGCUGUUGAUCUGAAUAAGGAGGAGAACCAAGAAUAUUCGACGGAUGAAAUUACGAGAUCAUCGUCAACACCGACGAUGGAACACUGCCAGUCAACCCGAAAGAUGUCAGAGUCAUCCCACACGAGUCGUAUGAUUUUGCGGUUGGCAGAACUCGUCUGCACGAAUUGGAUUAAAUUCGGGCCUCGACAACAAUGCAAUGCGUUGUGGGCUCUUGCGUGUCUAGAUGUGGAUCCUCCCUCAUUGCAGCCCGGCGUGUUGCCCUCGCAGAUAUUUCAGUCUAGUUUUGAGCCUUGGUGGAAAGCGCAAUUAUACGUGGUUUGGCUCCGGGAUAAGCUCCGUGGUCGAGCUACAAGGAGUACUGCUGUAGGGACAACAACAAGUGCGACGACGUCUUGGGUAGGAGCGGCUUUAUCUCCACAUUGGCGGGAGCUGCGCGCAGCCUAUGUCACGCAGGCACGCACCGUUGCGAGCAGCGAAAUUGCGCGCAAAUGUGCCGCGGCUUUGACCAAUAGCACGCAGUCCGCCAAGGCUCAGACGACAGUACCAAGAUCGGUCGACUCAACAUCUCGGAGCUCACUUGUCGCAGAGGGCGAAGUAUCCGGUUCAGGACUAUUGGCUGAUGUUAUACUGCCAGAUGAGAAAAUUGCUAUUGAAAUCGACGGCGACGAGACACAUUACGUAUAUGUAAUAGACGGAGAAGCUAGCGCGACACUCGCAGCAGAAGGUCCUUCGAGUGAACCGCGGCUCUGCGACGGCAGAACGCGGCUUAAGCGCUGGUUGGUUCAAGGAUUAGGUUGGCGGUGUGUGCACUUGCGCGUUAGAGACCUCGCACCCUUGGCUGACCGGCGGGCGGCGCUGAGAUCCCAUCUGCGUGACGCAAUUGCAAGGCAGGUUGAAGAACAGACCCCAAUGUUGUCUAAGCAAGGACAAGUAUUACAUUGAAACGUUUUUCACUUGAUGAAUCAUAAUGUAGGGAAUGUUUUGGAUGUGUACUCUGUGUAUCCACCCGUACUAGCUGUUGUGGCAUCUUUCUGAAUCAUAAGGGACCAAGCAAUCACGUUGUAAGCGAAGUUGAUUGGAACGGAUACAUUUACGCCGUUAUGAAAUAUUGAAACUACGCAAAAAUGAUCCAAGCAACAAUCGGUAGACCGCUCAUGAGGCGAAAAUGGAAAUGAGG